GUACCUGUUCUCACCCGCCGAGACCAAUUGAAGAUGAAGCAGGCAAAGGCUGAUGAAAAGAAGAAAGCACAGGAUGCGAAGAAGGAGGAAAAGAAAAGUAAGGAAGAUCCAGGUGACGAAGCAGAGAAACCAAAGAAACAAGCUCGUGGCAGAAAGCGAACGCCUGCUGAGCCAUCUGAUGCAGGCCGUGCUGAGCCCAAAGCGAAAGGAAGGCGAAGGACUCAGCCCAAAGAUGAGGGCAAAGAGGAAGAAGUUGAGAAUGCCGAGGAGAACCAGGAGAACUUCGAGAUUGAGGCCGAGACCGAGACCAAGCCCACUAGCAGACCAAAGCGUGCUCCCAGAGCAAAACGUGCUGAUCCUGCUGAGGAGGAGAAGAAGCCCAUGGCCAAAGUGGCACCGAAGAGAAAGGCCAAGUCGGCCCCCAAGAGAGCACCGAAGGCCAAGUCCGGCCCCAAGAAAACAUCGAAGGCAGCUGAGGCUGAGGCUGAGGAGUCAAGCAAGGAUGAGAUCGAUGCCAAGACGCCCCGAAAAGAGCUCUUCCAGUCAGAUGAAGAAUCAUCUGAUGAGGCGAGUGCACAUGACCGAGUUGACAAGAAAAGUGGGAAGGUGAAGCCUUUGAGCAGCAUCUUUGAGGAGGAUGCACCAGAACAGUGGAGAAGGUCAAGGGCGUCCAAUGAUGGGCCAUCUGCUUCCUCUGCCGCAGCUCCACCACCAGCUCCUGCUGUGAAGCCAAAAGGCAAAGGCCGAGGCAGGAAGGCGGCUAUGAGCCCUAUGGCAAAAAAGCUUGCCAAAAAGCGCAAACAGGCGAUGGAUGAUGUGAUGCAUGAGCAGCUCAAGGAGGAUGCCCAGCUUCAAGGCAUUUUCUGUCAGCAUUUGAAAGCGAUUGGCAGCUUGACCUAUGAUUCUCUCAAGGAGUACCUCGUGACGCAUGCGCCCAAGGAUUGCAACAAAUUCCUCCUUGAUCCUUAUUGGGGAAGGACGGCAUGUGGUGUGAAGUCGAAGGAGCUGGGGGGGGACAACAAGAGAUCCAUGCCGCUUGUGUCCUAUUUUGCCAGCUUUGGCACCGCUUCGACGUGGAACGUCAACAUGACCCUCACCUAUCUUUCAGCUUGGCUGAUGGCUCAGUGGAUGGAUGACUUGAAGACGGAGGACGUUUCGAACUAUACUGACCCCACCAGUGAUGUCAAGAGGCAUGAGGCAUUUAUCAAGUACAAUGCCAGUGUAGCUGCUACGAAAUUCCCAGCUCCCAAAAAGUAA